AGAGAUGUGUAAAUUGUAGUCAAUACUUCGCUUUAAAUAUAGGCGAAUAAUACUAAGUUAUAAAUUUAUGUAAUUUCUGGGUAAAUGCACCCGCUCUUGUGCUGGUAUGGCGAGGGUGAGAAUAGGGAAGUAAUCAAUGUUCUUAACAAACACGUCAGCAUCGAAAAAAGCUUCAGCGAAAAUAUAGCGUUUAAGAGAUUCCACAGGCACUCACCUUCGGUCUCAUUCAGUCCCAUAGUUGAACUGUAUAAAUAGAGAACGUAGGAAAAUAUCUCCGAUCAAAAUCACAAAAUAAACAUAAAAUGGAACCAGUAACAUCUGUUACAAGCCUUAUGGCACGUGAUGUCUCGCAAAGCGAAUUUCUUGUCGAUAGUAAGGUUCCAAUGGCAAAUGCGGCAUCGGAAAAUGGUUGUGAAUUUGAGUCACCCGUGCACUCGUGCGUAGAAUCAAUGGGACGUAGCGAUGGAGAAGAUGAUGACGAGGAUAUUAUUUUCCAGGAGGUGAAAAUGAUACUGCGUAAGCGACGGGGUUGGGGACCCGAAGAUUCGCUUAGUACGAACGAUCUGGAUUUGCUCGAAUAUGAUGAUGAGUUGGUGGAAGAAGACGAUGCUGGUUGUCCUUUGCCAUCUACACCUGAAGACACGCAACUCAUUGAGGCUGAGAUGACCGAAGUGUUGAAGGCUGGAGUUUUAUCAGACGAAAUCGAUUUGGGCGCAUUAGCUCACAAUGCCGCCGAGCAGGCUGAGGAGUUCGUCCGUAAAGUUUGGGAGGCUAGUUGGAUGGUGUGUCACUAUAAAAACUUACCUAAGUGGCUGCAAGAUAAUGAUUUCCUACAUCGCGGUCAUCGUCCACCACUGCCCUCGUUCAGUGCCUGCUUCAAGUCCAUAUUUCGUGUGCAUACCGAAACCGGCAAUAUCUGGACACAUUUGCUAGGUUGUGUGGCCUUCAUUGGUGUAGCUCUUUACUUUUUGUCACGUCCUUCAGUUGAAAUACAAAUACAAGAAAAAAUCAUAUUUGGCGCCUUCUUUGCCGGCGCAAUCAUUUGUCUAGGCUUCUCAUUCGCUUUUCACACACUUAGCUGCCACUCGGUAGAGAUUGGAAGACUGUUUUCAAAACUGGACUACUGUGGAAUUGCGCUUCUCAUAAUGGGUUCCUUUGUACCCUGGUUGUAUUACGGAUUCUAUUGUCAUUACCAGCCUAAAGUGAUAUAUUUGUCUGUGGUAUGCGUAUUGGGCUCGCUGUCAAUUAUUGUCUCGCUGUGGGAUAAAUUCUCUGAGCCUGGUUUGAGACCACUGCGCGCCGGUGUCUUUAUGAGUUUCGGUCUCUCUGGCAUAAUACCGGCUAUUCAUUACAGUCUUAUGGAGGGCUGGUUCAGUCAAAUCAGUCAGGCUAGCUUGGGUUGGCUAAUCUUAAUGGGCCUGCUUUAUAUACUUGGCGCACUUUUGUAUGCAUUACGUGUACCGGAGAGAUGGUUUCCAGGCAAAUUUGAUAUAUGGUUCCAAUCGCAUCAGUUAUUCCACAUACUUGUUAUUGCUGCAGCAUUUGUGCACUACCAUGGAAUAUCCGAGAUGGCAAUGUAUCGAGUAACGGUCGGCGAAUGUACUGUACCUCACGAACCAAUUACUUUUUAAGCUGAGGGGCAGGAAAAUAUACAGAGUAUACAGAUUUAUAAGCUAAAGCUAUUGGUUAUGUAUUCAUAAAUUUUUUGUGUUAACAACAUUUAUAGCAAGGAGUUGGCUGUAGGCGUUUAAAAAAGAAAAGUUUACAAACGAAAUGCAGAAGCUAAAAGUUAUAAAAUUUAAUCAUUAGUAUCUUUCAUAACUUACAUUAUAAUGGAAAAUUCAAAUAUGGAGGUUUAAAAAUAGAAAAAUUAAUACAAAGCAUACACAUUCUCAUAUCUGUUGGAACGAAAUUAGCGCGUUCAAUUAGUAGUAAAAAGAUAAAGUGCUUAACUGUUAUCGGCAUAUAGUUAUUAAAAAAACAUUAAGGUAUUGUUAAUUUCUUAUACACACCUACGUACAUAAACCCUCAUACAUAUAAUAAUAAAAAACAUGUAUACGUAGAGGCGGAGGCCAAAUCGAAUGUACUUCAA